GGGUCAGUUAGACGUGCUAAUCAACAGCAGGAGCACGUGUGGAGCGUUACACCACAGCUGCUUUUGGGCAUGGCUACCAUCUACUCUGGAUUCCAUGUGAAGCUGAAAAGCCCUCUCACACCAUGGUCAGAUAGGCUGAAGCUAGCUCGAUUUGCAUGGACAUCCAGACAGUGCUUCCUCCCAAAUAAGGAACAGGUUUUGUUUGACUGGGUCUCUCAUGCCCUUUCUUGUUACUACAACAAGAAAGUACAGGUCCCACUGGAAGUAGUGGAAGACCUAUGGACCUACUUGGAUGAAAUUCUUCACAGCAAGAAGCUCUAUAAUGUCCUAAACCAAGGAAAGACCAUUACACUGAAUCCAUCAUUGGCAAAGAUAAUCAACGAAAGGAUUCUGGAAAGCACUUCAGGGACUCUGCCUGUUAGCUUGUCCAUUAUUUUGAGCUGUUGCCAUGGAAUCCUGACCAGUCCUGUCCUGUCUGUGACUUACACGGCCAGCUAUGAGCUGCUUGUGAAAUUACUGGCUACGGUGUGUGGCUUGGCCUGUUUUCAGCUGAAGCAACAGGGUUCUCCAGAGCCUCUACAACUCAAGGUCUUUGAGGUUUUGUUUCUUGUUCUUAACACCUACCUGACUGUACAAAGACAGCAAGGCAAUGCCAACAGAGUUUUUGCCCAGGUCACAGAACACCUUUUUCUGCCUUUGUGCUUGCUAAGACAUUUGUUGACCACAAGGGUAUGGACCGAAGUGGAUGACACGAGAAUACGGCAGCAACUUAAAAAAGAUAUCCGCAACAAAGUGGACACAAUUCUUCAGUCUGCUCUUUUCCACUCUGACCACCUAUCAUCUUACAAAGAAGUUCUGCCAUCAGAAAAUAAAUCAGGUGCUAGAAAGGAACCUAGAGGAAAGCCGUUGCUUUGCCCUGUUUCAACCAUUGUGUCAAAGCUUGUCCACAAAUAUGGAGAUGACAAUGAGGCUUUGUUUUAUGCUGUCAGAUCCAGUUCUCUCCCAUUACUUUUUAAAAUGGCUUUAGAUUCAUUUUGCAAAAGAGAAGAGAACAAGCUACUUUGCUUUCACUUUAUGACAAAGUUAAUAACUGCUCUAGAAUUUACAGAGGAUCUGAGCGUCAAGGAAACAUUUAAAGCUGCAAACUGGAGCCUUGCUCUUCUCGCACUAGAGAACAUUCUGAAUUGCUGCUUGUCUGCAGAUGUUUAUAAUGUAGCUGCAGACAGAAUACAUCACAGAGAAGUGCAGUUCAAUUUCUUCAGAAAAGUUGCAAAGCUUUUGCUCAAUAAUACACAGACAGGCAUACCAGCCUGGUACCGUUGUCUGAAAAAUCUUCUUGCACUGAAUCACCAAAUCCUGGAGCCUGAUCUAGAUGAGCUUAUUUCAUCUGUGUGGGUUGAUGCAGACAACAUGGAACUACGUGUGAAGAAAGCUCGGGAAACACUUGUGUCUGAGAUCCUGCAGACCUACAGUAAACUGCGACAGCUGCCUAGACUCAUUGAAGAACUUUUGGGUGUAAUUGAUCGACCAGCUGCUUAUGAACUGAGGCAGGCAUUGUUGCCUCAGGUUGUGCAGAAGAGCUUGUCUCAGUGUCUCUUGAACAACCCUCCCAGACAGAAUCUUGAAAUCUGCAUGCUUAUCCUGGAGAAAAUGCAAAAUGAGCUCCCCUAUGUGGCAGAGAUGAGAGAGGCAUCUGCUCUGAAGCUAUUCUCCUUGGGUAUUCUCCUCCAUGCAGUUAUUUUCAGUCUGAAGGCCCUAGAUGACAGCACUCCAGUGCCUAUUGUCAGACAAACUCAGAGUCUUAUGGAGAACAUGCUUACAUUUCUGAGGGCCUUGCUGCAGAAUCUUGAAGAGACUUUGAUUAAAGACAGCAUCUGUGGAGAGAAGAUUCAAGAGACGAGUCUUCUCCUUACUCAUACUUGGCAUGAGGCUGAUGCUCUCUUUCAAAUCCACUGCAGUAAAUACACAUCCUCAGCUGGUCUGAGCAAUGAUGUCAGUCCUGUCUCUGAUGCAAUAGAGAAGGUUUUGACUUUAACAGGCUCUGGGGUCCAGGUCAUUAGUCCACUGAGUAAGCUGCUUCAAAAACAUCUUGCCCUCCACAAAAUGAAAAAACAUUUACUCAUAGCCAAUGCAAACACUCAAAACAUUCUUUGUGAAACUGCUCAGUAUGUAGUGAAUAGACAAGAACACUUAUUAAAUCUGAACAUGGACCAAAUCUGGGAUCUCCAGCUUUGCAGUGUUGAUAGUGAUACCUAUCCAGUGGCUUGUUGGUUUCUCAUAAUCACCAAUCUUCCUUUAAUUGCCCCAUACCUCUCACAAGAAGAUGCAUCCCACAUAGCAGACAUGAUUUUAAACUCUGUGCUUCAGAGUAACACUGGAAGCAACAUGGAGAAGACUGAUCAGUCUAUCUCCAAUAUCUCAAGGCAGCUACUUGAGAGUGUGGUUCUUUGUGAAUUACCUCAUGUGCACUCAGCUGUGGUGACUUCUAUAAACAAAAGGAUAUUUGGACUGCUAAGUGCUUCAGAUGUACAUUCUGUAUGUCCCUCAUUUUUCAGAUCUUGCACAGAAAUGGAUGUCUCUGAAAACAAGGAAGAAGGCAUUGCUGAGAUCUCACCUUCUUUAAAGAGACUGAAAGCCAUGGCCCAGGAGAUUAUAGACAGUGUUAAAACUGGUACAUCUAUAUCUGUGUCUGAUACACAAGUAGGCAGCCUUCUGCGGUUGAUCAAGAUCACAAAUGCCCUGAAUCCAUAUGCAAUGCCACUCGAAAGUUAUUUAGAACUUUUUUUGAGCUCAUUUUUAAUGAGUCUUUGUGUUCAGCAUCAUGAAAAUGGAGCAUGUUCAGCACCCAUCAGUCUUUUGAAAGAGCUGUUUGACAUCAUGGCAUUCUUGGUGGGGAGUAAUUCUCAUCAUGUCCUUAAAGUUGUACAUGGUAGUACACUAUUGGAGACUGCUAUGAUGUCUCUUUUCUCCUCUUUGAGGAAGGGCCUUUUUGGAAGUGUAGACAUUUCUGUUUGGUUUUCUUUGCUUCAGUCAGUUCAAGGCUUUAUCCAGAGCUUAAUCCAUCUGAUAAUCAUUCGAAAAAGUAGUGUGCAAAUCAAUCUAGAGAAGUUCACCAAUUUCAUGGUUGAAAGCACUGUUGCUGUUGGAUCAUCUGCAAACUCAGGGAAAUGUGAAGAGACUCAGUGCUUGAUAGAACUUCAUCUAGCAACUUUGAGUACACUUUGUAAAGAAAUCAUAUCUAUCUUUGGGGAAAAGAAGUACUUGAACGAGAUUAUGAGUGAGUUGCUGGGAAAGGCAGUCUUCAUUAUGGUGCCUACCAUCCAGUCUGUAAUGAAAGGCACUGCAGGCAGUAUAAUUAGGCUGUCAUUCACUGUUGAUGUGGUAACUGUAAUGAUUAAGUGUGAACUAGCAAAGGCUUCUCUUCACACUGAAGGCGUGGCUAAUGAGGAUGCACAAGACAAAUUAUCCCACACAGGAGGACUGUACAAGAGUUUUGGCCAGCAGAUCAUGAAGGAGUUCUGCUCAGCACCUCAACCCAUGGAUUUUCUCAUUUCAUCAAUCCAUUAUCUCUCAGCAUUUUAUUCAGCUGCAAUAACAACUAAGGAAACAGAUCUUGAAGAUCUCUAUUCAGAGAUUCUGAAGAGCAUCCAUAAAUUAUUGUCAAGUGUAUGGUUGUCUAUAUCAGAAGUAAAGGAGCUCGAGGCACCAGUUAAAGACCUACUUGCUCAGCUGGUGGUCAACUGUUCACAAGAGCAAUUCCGUCUGCUCCUUCUCAUGUUCCAAGAGGGACUUGUUGCUACCAAAGUUGAAAGAGGCUACUAUAGAGAUGUCCUUGCAACUGUGGCAUUAAUAAAGCUGCUUGCCGGGUGUCCAUUACCAUUGACCUGCUCAAAAGCAUUCUGGGCUAUUGUUCCACAGAUCAUAUCUUCUCUUGUUUUUGUGGUAAGAGAGUCCAGAGAAGUGGCUACCCUAACCAGUUCUCUAAUUGUGCCAGUGGUAGACACCCUCACCACACUUCUCCGUCAGGGAGAAUCUUGGCUGUCCAACCCGCACAAUAUCAUCCUGGUCCUGGGUGCUCUUCAUUUUGUUCCCCUGGAGAACCAGUCCAUGGAGGACUACUACUCUGCCUUUCAAGCUAUCCAUGAAGCCUUGUUUGCCAUCAUCCUAUGCUACCCUAAGAUAAUGCUGAAGUCUGCACCGACCUUCUUGAACUGUUUUUAUCGUCUGGUGACAUCCAUCAUACAUGAAGGCAAGCAGAAGGGCAUGAAUGAGAAAGAGAAGGAUUCUGAAAAGCUCUUGAAGUGUGCCAGACUAGUGGAGAGAAUGUAUACCCACAUUGGCAAAACUGCUGAGGGAUUCUCAAUUUUGUCCUCUUUCAUGGUGGCUCAGUAUGUUAAUGAACUACAGAAGGUGACACUUCGUCCAGAAAUCAAGGCACACCUGACAGAAGGCAUCUACUGUAUCCUGGACCAGUGUAUUGAAAAUGAUAUAAAGUUCUUGAACAGGACAUUGCAAAAGGGUCUUAAGGAGGUAUUUGAUGAACUGUACAAAAACUACACACGCUAUCACAAAUCACAAUGGCAAGGAGAAGAAAAGUAUACUGCCUGAAGGUCUCUUGCUCAGUGUUAAGCUUUAAAAUAAAAGGACUACAUUUUUGUAAGAAUUAUUUUUGUAAUUGCCAGUAAUGCUGAUUUUGUCUGUGCUGAUCCCAUUGCUUUCCCAGUAAUGUUGAUUUGGGUUUAACAAAAAGUAGAAUGGCAAGUCUUGGUCAAGCUAACAAAAAAGUUAACAGUGGUGUACCAAAGUGCAUAUCUUAAUGCGCAACUUGUCUAGUGUUGAAACAGACUAGCUACAAAUGAAGAAUACUAUGGCAUGUUCCAGUCCUAUCAUCUGAGAGUGGAACAAGUUGGAUCAAGAGUAGAACAAGCUGAUGAAUCUACAGUGGGUAUUUUAAUAACUAAAACUGAAGGUCUGAGGAAUCUCAGUACCUGCUGUGAUAUUUUACGUACGGCCUACUGGUGUCUUGGCGAGAGAGCCCAAGUCUAAAUCCAGUGGAAAGGAAGCUUCAGCGCAUGACUGUCAUUCAUCAUCUAUGCCAUCCAGGUGCUUGCACUUGAUGUACAAUAUAUGUGUAUAUUAUAUCCUCACACACACUUGGCUUGAACAGCUGAUGAAAUGGGACAUUUCAGACAGGGGUCCUUCAAGGAAUUUUGUGUCCUACUGAACUAAUGUUUUUAUAUAUUAAUAUUUUGGGAUUUUUAUAUCUAAAACCAUAAUGAGCAUUUCUUCAUUAAAUAGCCCCUGUUACUCUCUGAGUGUUGACUGUGCUGCCAUUUUGUCAGUUUUAAAUGUGUGAUGCUGCAAAAGAUUUGAAUGCCAAAGUGUAAAACGUUGGUAUGUAGAUGAAUCAUUUUGAGCAAAUUUAAUCCACAUUGAAAGAAAUGUGUUCUCUUAAAAAAUGUUUUUUUUUGUAAAUGGCUAUUGUGCAUUGCAGCUUUAUACACUGACUGUUACAACUUGGCGCUUUGAAAUAUUUCAGCUUUACAAAAUAAUGUUACUUAAGCAAUUUGUUUUCCAUUUUUGUUUAUGCUUAUAUUCCUUGUGAUAUCUUAUUCUAAUGCAAAUACUUUGAUGUAAUAAUCACCAUAUUACUUUUAAUAUUAAUGACGUUUCAUGCUGAUGAAUAGAAUGUUUGUUUUUUUUUGUUUUUAUUUAUCAUUGUUUUACUGCUUUUGCUUGGUUGAAUGUUGUGGAUAAUGAUGUACUUCUACACCAUAUCAGAUUAUAAAAUUCUAAAAGUUUUUAUUUUGCAGGCAUAAGUACUAAACCAAGCAUUUAGGGAAAUCGAACCAAAAUAAAACCCCCACGUGUAGUACAACCAACCAUUUUAAACUACUCUACCCACUGAAUAAAGUUAUUUUUCCAUUUCA